AUGGGAGGCUCCGAACGCAAGAAGAGAAAACAGGAUGACGGAAGUGCCGCUGCAGUCGAUGACACCCAAAUGAUUAAACCUUCCUCUUCCACCCCCAAGUUGGACACUUCCAACUGGCCUCUCCUCCUUAAAAAUUACCAUAAACUUCAUGUGCGCACAUCACAUUACACACCACUUCCUUGUGGUUCGAGUCCAUUGGCCCGUCCUCUUGAACAGCACAUGGCCUACGGAGUCAUUAACUUGGACAAGCCUGCAAAUCCUUCCUCUCACGAAGUUGUCAGUUGGAUUAAGAGAAUCUUGCGAGUAGAGAAAACGGGUCACUCAGGUACCUUGGAUCCCAAGGUCACUGGUUGUUUGAUUGUUUGUAUUGAUCGUGCCACACGCUUGGUAAAGUCCCAACAGUCGGCAGGUAAAGAAUAUGUGGCUGUGGCUCGAUUGCAUUCCACUUGUGAAACCUCCAAGGUCCAACGAUGUGUGGAAACCUUGACGGGUGCCCUCUUUCAACGACCUCCUUUGAUCAGUGCAGUCAAACGUCAAUUGCGAAUUCGUAGUAUUUACGAAUCGAAGCUGAUUGAAUUCGAUAAAGAGCGAAACUUGGGUGUGAUUUGGGUAUCCUGUGAGGCAGGAACGUACAUUCGAACCCUCUGUGUGCACUUGGGGCUCUUGACUGGUGUGGGUGGACACAUGCAAGAAUUGCGCCGGGUUCGAUCCGGUGCAUUGGGAGAAUCUGACAACUUGGUGACUAUGCACGAUGUUUUGGACGCUCAACAUGUCUAUGACACAACCAAGGAUGAAGCAUAUCUGAGACGAGUCAUUAUGCCAUUGGAAGUACUCCUCACCAAAUACAAGCGCAUUGUGGUGAAGGAUUCUGCUGUGAACGCCAUUUGCUACGGUGCCAAGUUCAUGAUCCCAGGUCUAUUGCGAUUUGCAGACGGUAUUGAAUUGAACGAUGAGGUUGUCUUGAUGACCACCAAGGGAGAAGCAGUUGCAGUCGCCAUUGCUCAAAUGACAACUGCUGUCAUGGCAACCGUGGACCAUGGCGUUGUUGCAAAGAUCAAGCGUGUGAUUAUGGAGCGGGAUGUCUACCCAAGAAGAUGGGGACUUGGACCCAUGGCACAACGUAAGAAGUCUCUCAUCAAGGACGGCAAACUGGACAAGCACGGCAAGCCCAACGAGAAGACGCCCAAAGACUUUUUGGAAUCUUACAAGGACUUCAGCAAGUCCAAGCCACCAAAACUGGGCGGUGGUGAUGCAACUCCAUCCAGUCCUGCUCCGGAAACUCCUAAGAAGUCAUCCGACGACAUGUCGGUUGAGGAAGCCGAAUCAAGCAAGAAGCGAGCCAAGGAAGAUAGCAGCGGGGAUGAAGCACCAAAGAAAAAGAAAGAAAAGAAGGACAAGAGUGCUAAGAAGGCAAAGAAGGAAAAGAAAGACAAGAAGAAGAAAAAGAGCUUGUAG